CAGCAGCCCGUGGAGUCGCCGCGUGCGCCAGGAAAUCUGGGGCAGCCGAGGCCCCCGGUGCCUCGGCCAUUCUUGCCCGUCCUCAUGACGGAUUCAUAGAAUUCCCCAAGCGGCGCCAGCGCUCGCCGCCCCCAGAAGUCGGCCUCAGUAUCCCAAUUCAGCAUAUACUCCUAGCGGAUCGCUUCUCCAAGACGCCUCCUGUCUUUCCGCUCUCCCGCUGCUGCUCCUCCUCCUCCUCCUCUUUCGCCUGGUCUCCGUCCCUACCCCCCCUUUCCUCCCCCUUCUCCUUCCUCCAAGCGCAAACUAUCCUCUAGCGUUCCUCGACCUUCUUGUCGGACUCGCGCAACCUCGUCUUGGGUCACCUGCAUUCAGCUCCGCGACAAGCAGUAUCGUCGAAGCCACCUCGUCGACUCGGUCAAUCGUGAUCCCUACGUCGUCGCCCGUCACGUCUCUGCCACCUGUGCAACCUCGCGCCUCUUCUAUCCCCCUCCGGGUCCUCGACUGAAACGCAAUGUCUUCCGCCCUCACCCCCGCCGAGGCCAAGGACCUCGGCCAGCCCCCCGCUCCCGGCUCCCCGUACGGUGUCCCCGUCCCCGGGUCGGAGCGGCCUGGCCGCAGCGCCGUCUACAGGCACUUCCGCUUCCGCGACAGGCCUCUCCUGACUUCGUUCGAUGCCAACAUCCGCUCCGUACAUGACCUGUUCGAGAGCGCCCUCAGCAAGCGCCCCAGCAAGCGAUGCUUUGGCCAGCGAACCUGGAACCCCGUCACGAAGACCUGGUCCGACAAGUAUGAGUGGAUCUCGUAUGCCGAGGUCGCGGAGCGCCGUACGAACCUUGGCGCCGGUCUCGUCGAGGUCAACAAGCUCGCUGGCAUCACCGGCGACAAGUACGGCGUCGGUCUCUGGUCGCAGAACCGCACCGAGUGGCAGAUCACAGAUCUCGCCCUGGCCUCCCAGUCUCUCUACACCGUCUCCUUGUACGAGACGCUGGGCCCCGACGCCACCGAGUACAUCAUCAACCACGCCGAGCUCGCCUCCAUCGUCUGCUCGCUGCCGCACAUUCCCACCCUCCUAAAGCUCGCUCCCCGUCUGCCGCAGGUCAAGGUCAUCGUAUCCAUGGACCCUCUCGACAAUGGCGAGCUCGACGGCCACUCCAAGGGCGCCGUCCUGAACCAGCUUGCCGCCCAGCACGGCAUCAAAAUCUACUCCCUGAAGGAGGUCGAGGAGAUUGGCGCCAAGUCUGGCCGCCCUCUGCGCCCGGCCGGCUGGGACGACAUCUCCACCAUCAACUACACCUCUGGAACCACCGGCCCCCCCAAGGGUGUCGUCCUCACCCACGGCAAUGCCGUCUCCGCCAACGCCUCCGCCCGCAUGGGCGGCAACGUCACUCACAACGACGUCCACAUCUCCUACCUGCCCCUCGCUCACAUCUACGGCCGCCUGAUUGACCAGGUCGCCAUCUCGGAGGGUGCCUCGAUCGGCUUCUUCCGCGGCGACAUCCUCGGCCUCGUCGACGACAUGAAGAUCCUCCAGCCUACCGGUUUCAUCUCCGUCCCGCGCCUCUUCAACCGCUUCAACUCGGCCAUCCGCACUGCCACCCUCGAUGCUCCCGGCAUUCGCGGCGCCCUGUCCAGACACGUCAUCGAGACCAAGAAGGCCAACAUGCGCGCACCUCCCGGCCAGGCCUCCAACACCCACUUCCUCUACGACAGGAUCUGGACACCCAAGGUCAAGGCCGCCGUUGGCCUAACCAAGGCCCACGCCAUGAUCAGCGGUAGCGCGCAGCUCGACCCCGACGUACACGAGUUCCUGCGCGCGGCUUUCGCCAACAAUUUUGCCCAAGGAUGGGGCAUGACGGAGACGUACGCCACUGGCAGCCUGCAGAUGAACGGCGACUUUACCCUCGGCAACGUCGGCGGCCCCAUGGCUGCCUUCGAGCUGUGCCUGGAAUCCGUCCCUGACUACGAUUACUCAGUUGAUGACAAGCCCAACCCCCGCGGCGAGCUGCUCGUCCGCGGCAACGCCAUGUUCAAGGAGUACUACAAGAACCCCGAGGAGACCGAGAAGACGCUCGAGUCCGACGGCUGGUUCCACACGGGCGACAUUUGUGAGGUGGAUAAGCUCGGCCGAUUCAAGAUCAUUGACCGCAAGAAGAACGUCCUGAAGCUGUCUCAAGGCGAAUACAUCUCCCCCGAGCGCAUCGAGAACGUGUACACUGGCAGCACCAGCCUGGUCGCCAUGGCGUACGUCCACGGCGACCCCAAGGAGUCGUCCCUGGUCGCCAUCUUCGGCAUCGACCCGGAGAACUUCCCUCCCUUCGCCAGCAAGGUCUUGAAGCGGGAGGUACCUGCCGGCGACGCGGCGGCUGUUAAGCAGGCCGCCUCGGAUCCCAAGGUCCGCAAGGCUUUCCUCAAGGUCCUCGACGACAUUGGCCGCAGCCACAAGUUCAAUAGCUUCGAGAAGGUCCGCAACGUGCAUCUCGACAUUGAGCCGUUUACGAUUGAGAACGAGCUCCUCACCCCGACACUCAAGCUGAAGCGGCCCCAGACCGCCAAGGUCUUCCGCGCGCAAAUCGACCAGAUGUACGACGAGAUCAAGGCUGAGACGCCUGCCAGCGCUGCCAAGUUGUAAGAGACGGACUUUUAAUGGAUGGAAAUACUUGGCUCGUUGCAACCCUGGCGUGCAAGGACUCGUCCAAAUGUAUAAGCACGCGCUUAGGCUAGUUACAGAGUAUAUAAAUUACCCUCUUCCCAUGACAGUACGCACGUGCUUCGCCUUUCUCACGCGUGCUUGCUUGGCGGGCUGUGUCGCGUCGCAGGCAAAGCCUCGUCGUGAGCUCUGCGAGAGCCGAAAUGUGGGGUGUCUCUCUUUCUACUAUGUAUUAUUAUUGAUUCAGAUAGGCAGGGCUGGACGACGGCAGCUGAAGCGUGAUGGCCAUCAAAACUGAGACAAGGCAUUCAAAACUCC